CACGAUCAGCAAUCUGCGAUCAGCGCAGCUUUCGUGCCCAACUCGUUGAACAUGGCACCUUCCAGGGCUCCCAGUGCGCUGCUAUUGCAUUCGCUGAGAUCGUUAGCGAUUGAGGUGCCAUCAUCCAGAGCUGCUCUCCGAACUUUCGCAACCACAAGCUCGACUCGUCAAGAAACCGAAGUCCAAAAGCCUUCCUAUUAUCACCACCCUGACCCAUCGACCGUCUACGUUCCCCGACUUGAGCGGAAGCUUUUGAGGGCCGGCCAGUUUCCAGUCGGGUCUCGAAGACGACGCGCAGCCCUCGCGCAAUCUCCUGGCAUUCCCUUUGAUGAAUUGCCCUACCAAUGCUUCCAAGAAGCCCGCCAAAUCCUGAUUGCCGACCGAGCAGAGAAGCUCAAAAAGAUAGAAACUGAGAGAGCUCGCAUUGCUCGUCUCCGGGAUGUCGACCCGAGCACAUUCCCGGGAGGAGAACUAUACAAACAGCGGAGAUUGAACAGCAUGCUUGCGGAGCUGGAAAGGCUCAAGAUUUUGGCUGAUAUCAAUGAUCCUAAUGUCAAGAGGAGGUUUGAGGAUGGAAAAGGUGACCUGAGCAAACCCAUCUAUAGGCACCUGGCCGAGCGAAAAUGGCGAGAAUACCCACGGAAAGUCCUCGUUCAACGGAUCGAACAGAUGAAUGUGGUGCCAGAUGUCAUUCCUAACGUGGAUCCUGCUCUGGAUGUCAAGAUUGUGUUUGGCAACAGAAUUGUACAACCGGGCGAGUUUGUGGAGUCACACAUCAGCGAAGCCCCCUGCCGUCUUACUUUACAAUCCUAUGAGAGAGGCGAGAAGAUGGUGACCAUUGCCGUUGUUGACCCCGACGUGCCAAAUAUAGCGACAGACUCCUUUGACUCUCGAUGCCACUAUCUGGCAUGCAACAUCACCAUCUCACCAACGCAGCCAUCGGUAGAUCUCGCGACUCUGUCCCCAGCUUCCCAGAUCCUUCUACCAUGGUUGCCCCCUUACGCGCACAAGGGCAGCCCAUAUCAUCGAUUGUCCAUCAUCAUAUUACAACAAAAAGACAACAUCCCGAUUGAUCUUGAGGUCGCCAAGAAAAAGAUUCAGCGGGAUGGAUUUACAGUCCGCAGCGUGAUGAGUCGUCAUAUGCUCAGUCCCAUCAGUGCUUCGUUGUUCCGGACACAGUGGGACGAUAGCACGGCUGCCGUUAUGCAGAGAGCUGGUAUUGAGGGUGCGGAUGUCGAGCUCAAGAGGAAGAAGGUUGAACCUCUGCCGUAUCAAAGGCGCGACACGUCCAGGAUGAGGGGAUGAAAUAGCUGAGCUCUGCUCUCAUAAGCACCUGCUGUACAAUAUCAACACUGAUUUUGCCGACUCUCAUAGAGCCUCGCGUGUCUUUUGGACCUCUUGGCAAUUGUCUGGCUUCUUUUGCUCAUGUCUAGCAUCCUCAAGUCGGGUGGGUGUCUUCCAAGGUGACCUCUCCUUCCACGUGUGCAUGCGAUCUAUCGCCAUAAACGGCAACUGGUUGUAAUUGCGGUUUGCGGAAAGAUGUCCAAUUGAAAUAUCCGUCGCCAACAUAUAGAGUCUUGCCCGUAAUCAAAGCCAUGGGCACCGGGCCAUAAAAUCGAG